AUGGACAAUUUUCCACCGGAAGUGCAGCAUAUUUUGGCACCCGCCUUCGGCACGCUUUCGGCCACGCAACUUACUCAGAUGGCCGAUCGGCUUAUGGAGAUGCACGGUUUUUCCAAGCCGUCUAUUUCAGCACUCUCAACUCCCUCAAAUCCUCCUGCGUCUCCCGUUUCGCAGUUAGAGAUCGAGCUCAACAAGCUGGCCGAUGAUAUAGCCGCUCUCCAGAAGCCCACAGUUUCUGCCUCCUCUCGGAGCCAACCGAAGCCGUCCACCCAGCAUGCCCAGUCUUUUCAUCCAGCCCGUCCAAACGCAGCUGCCACCUGCUGGUACCACACCACCUUCGGUGCUAAAGCCCGUCGCUGCGUCUCUCCUUGCUCCUUCACUUCCAAGCAGAGCAAACGGGUUAAACCGGUCAACCCGAAUGUCUGUGCAGCCAAUCUUUCCGACAGCUCUAACCCUGGUCACACAUUUUACGUCCGCGACACCAGGAGUGGCAGACGUUUCUUGGUUGACACUGGUGCCCAGCUAAGUGUCAUUCCACCCACACCAGUUGAUCGUCGGUGUCCCAAUCCCGGUCUUUUCCUACAGGCCGUCAACACAUCGCUGAUUACCACAUUUGGCACCUGCUCCCUCUCUCUGGACAUCGGUCUCCGGCGUCUCUUCCCUUGGGUCUUCGUCGUUGCUGACGUCCCCUGUGCAAUUCUCGGUGCAGAUUUCCUCGCCGCUUUCGAUCUUCUGGUCGACUGCCGUCAGUCACGUCUACACGACAAGACUACCAACCUCACUGUCCGGGGUAUCUCUUCCUCCGACGCCUCCCGUCGUCUUGCCGUCUUAGACCCUGAACCCGAGAAUCCAUUUCGGCAACUCCUCGCCGAAUACCCCGGCCUCACUCGUCCCACCUUCAACGUUUCUAUUCCACCACAUGACGUUGUUCACCACAUUCGGACCACCGGCCCUCCCGUAUUUUCUCGCCCCCGCCGUCUCGCGCCUACACGUCUUGCUGCCGCCAAGGCCGAAUUCGAGCACAUGCUUCAAAUGGGCAUCAUCCGCCAGUCUGAAAGCCCAUGGGCCUCACCCCUCCACAUGGUUCUAAAGGCCGCCACUGAUGACUGGCGCCCCUGCGGUGAUUACAGGGCCCUGAACAACGUUACUGUCCCGGACCGCUACCCUGUCCCACAUCUUCAGGAUUUUGCCGGUGCCCUAUUCGGCAAGUCUGUAUUCUCGAAGAUCGAUCUGGUCCGUGCUUUCCACCAAAUUCCCAUAGCCCCAGAGGACGUUUCAAAGACGGCCGUUACCACCCCCUUUGGCCUCUUUGAGUUCCUGCGCAUGCCGUUUGGACUUCGCAACGCCUCCCAGACCUUCCAAAGGUUUGUAGACAGAGUGCUUCGCGGCCUGUCAUUUGUCUACGCCUACAUCGACGACCUUCUGGUAGCCAGCUCCACCACCGAAGAACACAUGGAGCACCUGGCAACGGUGUUUGACCGCCUUCAACAAUUUGGCGUUGUUCUCAACCCGCCCAAGUGCGUCUUCGGUGUGCCCUCCCUAGAAUUUCUCGGUCAUCUGGUCGACUCCCACGGCAUUCGGCCUCUUCCCUCAAAGGUUGCCGCCAUUCGGGACUUUCCACCCCCUACCUCGAAGCGUCAGUUGCAACGGUUUCUUGGUAUGGUGAACUUUUAUCGCCGGUUUCUCCCGAACUGUGCCGAUACCAUCCUACCUCUGACCAAUCUCCUCUCAGGUUCUAAACGCACCUUUGAACUUACACCAGCAGCACUCACGUCAUUUGAGCAGGUGAAAGCCCUUCUGGCUGAUGCCACCCUCCUGACUCACUUUCACGCUGAUGCACCCAUAUCUUUGAUGGUCGAUGCCUCCAAUGUUGCUGUUGGCGCGGUUCUUCAACAAAGUCUGCCGGAUUCUACCGUGCCUUUGGCUUUCUUCUCCAAGAAACUAUCCAAAGCCGAAACCCGCUACAGCACAUUCGGACGUGAACUUCUCGCCGCUUAUCUUGCCGUAAGGCACUUCCGGCAUUUACUCGAAGGUCGAGAGUUCACAAUUUUCACUGAUCAUAAGCCACUCACGUUUGCAAUACAUUCCCACUCUGACAAGCUAAGCCCCCGGGAGAUCCGUCACCUGGACUACAUUUCGCAGUUCACUUCAGACAUCCGCCAUAUUGACGGGUCAAGGAAUGAGGUGGCUGACGCUCUGUCCAGGCCCUCUAUUGCUCAUCUUCAGCUUUCAGCCGGGAUAGACCUCGCUGAGAUGGCCGCUGAACAACGCCGUGUCGGUCCACCCUGUGAUGAGGAUGUUUCCGGACUCCAACUUCAGGAGCUACCACUGACAACUGGCAACGGCACUAUUCUAUGCGACGUAUCCACCCCAUCUUAUCGGCCAUUUGUGCCACCAUCUCUCCGCCGCAAAGUUUUCUCCUCCCUGCACAAUCUGUCUCACCCUGGGAGUCGAGCAACCGACAAGCUGGUUUCCGACCGCUUCGUCUGGCCUGGUAUGCACAAGGACCUCAAGGCAUGGACACGGGCUUGUAUCGCCUGUCAACGGAGCAAGAUCCAGCGGCACAACAAGGCCCCCAUUGGCACCUUCCCGGCCCUGGUUCAAGGUUCAGUCACGUUCACCUGGACAUUGUAG